AUGCUUCUGCUGAUGACGACGUCGGUCAUGAGCUAUUUGAUUCAUCCCGACGCAGUGAUCUGGCGAAGCGGACAGACCAUCGAAGAGGGAGUUUCCGGUCUUCAGGAACGAAUCGUGCAGGCGAUGCAAGCGAACCCGAGUAAGUUCAGCCGGCUCAAUUUCGGACAUGACCGUAUCCGAACUGACCAUGGAAACAUCUCACAGAUGCUGCGGCUCCGAGCGCCGAUGCCGCACAGAGCUUCUUCAACUACUGGAACCAACAAGGUAGAUUCCCGCCGAGUUUGGUAUCAAAUGGUCAACUUCAAGCGCCUGUUCCUCCUCCUUUCGGUGGCCACCACGCUUGCCGACUCGGUCAAAUCGUACGUCAUUCCGAAUGACGACAUCAUCUGGAAAGCCGGAACACCUAUUCCAGAGGCAAUCGAGCAGCUCAAAAGGCGCGCAGUCGAAGUUCUUCAACAGAAUCCAGAUCUUCACAAUCCACCGAUGGACACCUUUUCGCAGUUCUUUCACGACAUGCAGCUGAUUGGACGAAUGUGUAAGUCUGCUCAGCUUGAAUAG